AACCUGACUCUGCCAGCCCUGUCUUGUUUCGCUCACUUUCAGCGCCAGCCUCUCUCUAGUUAUUCUGGGUCAGGGCCCUUUUUAGCCGUUGUCGUCCCAGCCAAGGCAUUAAGUUACUCUUCUGUCUUGUUUUCCAACCUCGUGUCCCGUCCCCGUCCAUCCUCGGCUGCAUCGCAUCGCAUCGCAUUGCAUUGGCAUUGGAUCUACGCUUUCUGUGGCAAUAAUACUCACCUACUCCUCAGAGUCCGACUCUUCCGAUAAUAUCACAAUCAUCUGAUCUGCUACGGAUAACUCCUUUGUUACGUAGCUCAUCAUCAUAUACGAACGAACUCGACUUGUCUGUCUACCUCCGAAUCUCGACCGACCCCUCUCGCUCAACCGAAACCGCCAUGCGCAUCUCGUCCUCGAGCGAUUAAUCCUAUAAUUAAUUCACUACUCCCUCAUCCGCAUCUAUACAUAAUUACAGUAAUCCUUUGCGCUGCCCAUCAUGGAGGAUAUGGCCAGGGCCGAGUAUCCCGCCAUGCUGGUGAGCUAAAUCCCCUCGACCUCCAAUUCUAUCGCCACGAGCGACAAUGGAGGCAAAAGUCGAUACAAUACCAGGCUGAACAUUGGCUGACUCUCAUGCGCUUUAAUAGGCAACUCUUCAGCCCAGCCAGGCGGUGCAUACUCUUACCGAACGAAUGAAGCGCAUGUCCCGCGUCAACACCGAAAUUGCCGACUGGCUCCAGGAGCGCCGUCGCGUGGAGGAUCAGUACGUGCAGGGCCUCAAGAAGCUUGCUACCUUCAAGGUUCCCAACUCCCAGUCUGAGCUAGGUGUCUUCCAAGCGCCGUGGAAUAGAAUCAUCGACUCGACGGAAAACAUCGCCCACUCGCAUCAUCAGCUUGCCGAUCGCAUCGAGAGAGACAUCGAGCAUCCGCUGCGCAAUUUUGCCAACCGCAAAGAUGUCCAGAACAUGAACACCAUGUCUAGCAACCUAUCGACUAUGGCCAAGGACCUCGAAGAUUCCCAGAAUCAGGUCGACAAGCUCACCAAGAAAGGAGGCCGUGCAAACACUUCAAAGGUCGAUGCAGCCUCCUCCAAGCUCGAAUCUGCUACAGGACAGUGGGAGUCGCAGGCACCUUUUAUUUUCGAAUCUCUCCAGGCCCUCGAUGAGUCACGAGUCAACAACCUGCGUGAUCUUCUCACACAGUAUCAGACACAUGAAUCCGAUUCAGCUGGCCGUGUGCAAGAGAAUGCAAUGGAGACUCUUGCUCUGAUGCUUGAAAUCGACACCGAAAAGGAGAUUCAGUCAUUCGUGCACAGGGCUACGGCUGGCAAGGCGAAGCUUCCUACGAGGACAUCAACACGGCAGUCGUCUUUUGCAGGCACAACUCCUUCGACACCAGUGCCUCCCAGCACAGCCGAUAGCACCAAUUUGCCUGCUCAAAGUGCUCAUACAUCGUCUCCUGCGCCUGUUCCAGCCCCCGCCUCUUCCCACGCUGGCGACGAUGAUAUCAGCGAACACAACUCGGUUCCACAGGAAAAGCCAGGUGGUAAAUUGCGCCGCCUCGGUACCAUGUUCGGUGGACGUAGGAGACAGAGCAUGCACGCCGGUUUCGGCCAGCUCUCUCCUGGAAAGCUAGGUCCUAGCUUUGGACGCAUGGGAACCAGUCACAGCCAAAGCGACCGCGGUGUCUCCCCUCGAGGCUCCUCCAACAACCUCGCAGAGCACCACCGAUUGUCAUCUCUAGCAGAAACUCCCGAUGUGCCCAAGCUGCCCAAUAACGAGACCGACUCACCCAGGCCCGAUGCCUCGCAUGAGAACACGAACGGAGUGUCGCACAACGGAAACCUGCUCGACAGCCCGAUCCCACAAACGACCGGGGGUAUAGUCAACGGUAACCAUGAACCCGAUCUGUCAGAUGUCCAGCCUCCCCCUGGUCCUCCACCAUCGCACAAGCAGGAGAACCAGUCCCCCGCGCCGCAACUCGCUACCAAGGACGCUGAAGGAUUUACCGUUCCACCACCAAUGAACGACCCCAUCUCCGAGGCUCAGCGUGAAGCUAAGGAAUCUGGCGAAGAUCCUGACCAGCUCCUCAAGGUCAACAUUCAGCAGACGCCUGUGGAGGACGAAGAUCCAGAAGCCAAGAUGGCUGCUCUUUCUAGUGUCGCCAACAGUCUCAAGCUUGGACCGGCAACUCGUCGUAGUGGUACAGUGAGAGGACGUCGUGACGUGCGCCAUACUAUGUAUGUGCCACCGCCCAACCUCCCUGAGAGCGGUACAGAUUCGUCCCUGAGCGCCAGACCAACAUCUCCAACCUUCGCACAAUCUCUUUCCAAGGGAAGUGCAGUUGCAGCCUUGGCGUCCGAGGCUAGCAUUGCUGGCACUUCGGAUACACAGUCUGUGAGGUCGGGCAACUCAUUGGGUGGUCUGAACCAUCCUCAGCAUGCGCAUAUGACUGCUCCAGGACUAAACACGUCUAUCAUUGAGAGUGUCAAUGCUACAUUUGAAGAUGGUGUCGUCAAGUCAGCAACCAUUACUGGUGAGAUUGCAUUCGUCAACAACCCCAGUGAUUCCGGUGAUGCAAAGAGCUACGAGACUAUUCGCAUCAACAACUUUUCGGCCCUUGAGCGCAUCGGGCCGAACCGCAUCUUUGUGCAGAACUCAUCUCCUGACCAUAAUGACCAAUUCAACCUGGAUCUAUCUCACCUCACGCAGAACGCGCCCGCAUUCUCAUACCGAGUAUUUUCCGAGGACUCCGAAACCCCUACACUGGGCGAGCAUGCUCCUCUCUCCCUGAAGCCCGCGUGGAAGCCCCAAGGAGACAAACUCGGCCUCUUGCUUCAGUACCAGCUCAACCCAUCGUCAAAGCUCACCGCCCCCGUAACACUACACAACGUUGUCAUCGUCGCCACCUACGAAGGCAAAUCCAGUGGUGCCCAGACAAAGCCCGUAGGAACACACCUCAAGGACAAGCACCUCGUGUACUGGCGCAUCGGCGAUCUCACCCUCACAACGGAACCUCACAAGAUCGUCUGCCGCAUCAUAGGCGCAGAAGGCGCAGAGCCUAAGCCGGGCCACAUCGAAGCACGUUGGGAGUUCACAGCCACAGGCGAUCAAGUCAUCGGCAGCGGUAUCUCCAUUUCCAGACUCGAUGAGGGCAAGGGUAAAGGCAAGGAUAUCUCUGAAGACGAUCCCUUCGCAGACGACACCGCCAGCACAGAACACAAGUGGGUUGACGUACCUAUCUCGAGAAAGCUCGUGAGCGGUAAAUACGAAGGACGGUAGUGGGUAGUGUUGAAUAAUUUUCACGUGCAUGGAUAGAAAACACAAGAUAUCUGCCAUAUCUUGGCGGCGCAUUGAAUAGCGAGCGUAAUGGGGCUUGUUCCUGGGGGUGAAGCUUUUUUUCACUCUUGUUCAUUUUGUUACCCAUCUUCAUCUGUUUUUCUUUUCUUAGUAUAAUUUUCUCUUUGUAUGCGUAUUUUGUAUGUUUAAAAACCACAACCUCGGGAGGAACAGAAAGUAGGCUUGGAGCUGAAAGAAACAGAACCAUGAUGAAUCAUAAAAAUGGACAACUAUGUCCAGAGUCUUUUUUUGCUACUUCGCUACGUCUAUACCAAUUCGCUUUUUGUCCUUGUACUUCUCAUUCAUGGUACGUGAAGUUGUGCGUUAAUGUAAAUAUACAGAAAUGAUCACGCCUUUUUGCUCUUUUUACUAUCUUGGUCCUUCUUGUACUUUGAAUACUUCUCCCCGAGAUAGCGCCACGUUCUCGAGAAUCCACCCAUCAAUAAGCCCUUGAUACUUUGCACGGUACUUGGCCAGUUGACCGUUUGCUUGAUAACGAUGCGCACCGUUUCGUUGAGUUUCCGGGCGUCGUCUGUGGCGAUGCGGCGCUCAAACUCCCCGCCCUGCAUCUUCUUAACGGCGCCGCCUUCUUCGUCCGUUGAGGCUUUCAUGAGCUCGUUGAACUCUCCGCGGGGGAUGCCGAAACGUCUUUGGUACUGGAAGUAUAGACGGGAGCGGAAGGUUUGGGGGAGUCGUCUGACCAUGUUACCGCGACGUUUGGGAUCCAUGUCUUGUUGGAGUGUGUUGCCGGCUUCGGGGUUCAUGAUCCAGUCUGUGUCGUCGAUGCGGCAUGCACCCGUAAAGUCCACGUUGGGAAGGGUCUUGACGAGAGGAGCGUAGAGACGACGGAAGUGAAUGAUGUUGUUGUCGACGAUGUUUGUGACUUUGCUCUUGUUCUCUGUUGGGAGAGCCAUUCGUGGAUCGCCUAGAUAGCUUAGGCCAGCGAUGGUGCUGUAGAGUUCAGCUUCGGUGAAUUGUGGUGGGAGGAGGAGAAGAGCUGUUCGGACUGCGGCGAUGAGGUUAUGUUGGUUGGCGAGUCGGACGCGAGGAUGGUCGCGGAGAAUCUUGACGGGUUUUUGAAGACGACCGGCGAGGUAUAGACUAUCCCAUGAAGAAAGGUCGCGAACGAGGUUAUCGAUACUUGUGACGCCGUACUUGAUGAGCAUGCCGUUGACCUCGACAUAAGGGUUAAAGUAGACACCAGCACCCCAGUUCUGCACUCGCGAUACCACGCCUGAACCUAGCGAUGCAAGUCCCGAGUAAUGAUCCCG